ACCUUCUUCCAAAUACAAUCAAUCAUGAUUUCAUCAGAGGCUGCAACAAUCCACUACUUAGCUCAAGAAAACCCCUCAUCACUUCCUAUUGAUUACACCUUCAUGCACAAAAACUUACCAACAUUUCAAUUCAACACAUUCCUAACCAAUACUAACAACAACAACUAUCAGUCGUUCUCUUUUCCUAUUCAAGACUUGAUAAGUACACAACCAUCAUGCAUCAGUAGUAACUCAACCUCAGAUGAAUUGGAGGAACAACAACAUAGAAUGAAUGAUGAACGAAAGCAGAGAAGAAUGAUAUCAAACAGAGAAUCAGCUAGAAGAUCAAGGAUGAGGAAACAAAGGCACCUUGAUGAGUUAGGGUCACAAGUAGUUCGUCUUAGAACAGAAAAUUAUAAUCUUAUCAAUAAGUUAAACCAAGUCUCUGAAUCUCAUGAAAAAGUUGUUCAAGAGAAUAUGCAGCUCAAGGAUGAGGCUUAUGAUCUUCGUCGAUUGCUUACAAACAUUCAAGUUGCUAGCCCUUUCAGCAACAUGGACGACGAUCACGUUCCAUGUAGUCUAAAGACUGAAUCAUCAAACCAAUCCACCACAGAGAGAAAAUUAGAGUGAGCUGGACAUAUUUUCAAUGUUUUUGUUCUUCUCUUUUUACCUCAAUGCCAAUGAAUUUUUA